AUGUCUACAUUAGAAUCCAAUAAUAAUAAUUCAAUUCAAAAUCAUUCAACCAUAAAUUUCGAUGAACAAUAUCCAAACAUUAAUUCUGAUGAGUUUUAUCAUAUUAAUGAUAGUUAUGAAA